UUUUAACACGUGAUGGCGGCGGCUCAGGAAGACCAACUUCUCAAAACUGUGAUUCAUAGACCAUCCCACACUUGCUGGAAACCAAGGCCGGAGCACUCCCUUCAGCUUCCUUCAAAUUAUUACACGGAAUUUCAGGAGAUAGUUAGAACUGUGCACUUGGAAGAUUACAACCAAAUACGGAUGGCCCAACGAUUCAUACCCCAAAUUCUUACUCAAACAUCACACACACACAUCAUUUCUGAACUGGAUGGUCAGGAAGGGAUUUGGUUUGGCAUCAAUGGGCCAGACGACGGACAGCAUAACUGGUAUGGAAACGUGACCCUUUCACUGAAUUUCAAGAACCUCCUUCAGACACUGGGGUCAUACAAGAUACACUUCACAGAAGUUGUGGACUUUCAGGUCACUAGCACUUCAAGACUUAUUGUGUCAACCCGAAACCUUGGCCUGCCUGUGUACAACCCCUAUACCCCAGGAGGACCUUGGUACAGGGACUCUCAUGGGAAAGAUUGGCAUCUCGUCAACGCCCAUAGAUUCAAGCACCCAUACACCCACAAUCCAUAUGGUCAUACUGUAGAGCUGUUUCUUGUCAUUACGACUGAAGAGGCAGCAUCUCUGCUGAAUAUGUCUCGGAUCGGAACAGCCAAUCAUUCGGAGGCUAACAAUGAGGGGACUCGCAAGUGCAAAAAGUACAGAUCAGGUGCCCAAUAUUGGACAGAAUGCCCCACCCCAUAUUCCCGGGAGAAAACACACAAGAUUUUAAAUAACCUCGCACUUAGUGAAACAUUGCCUCUACAUUAGCCACGAGCGCCACCUUUCCUUGUCUCAAUCUGAUGAGGACUCCCAUCAAAUUGCUGUUAAGGUCUGGCCCUUGCAUCACCUGGCUGUUCAAUGACAUCAACUCACAUUUGGCUGCACAAUCAAAACUAUUCUCACCUUUUCUGGCUUGUUGGGAUUCAACACGAGGUGGUGUGAGAGAUACCAGGUGUUCCCGGGUGUAACAAUGAGUUCUUGACGUGGGACUCGCUCAGCAUGUCCCUAGUCGACUAGACGUCUCAUCUCUUCUUGAUACCUCUGAGAGAGCCUUGGGUUCUUUAGGAGGCAUUUCUCAGUCCCGCCAAUCGCUGUUCAGCAAACUUCUUAUUGUCCGGGAGUUCCGGUUCUUCCUGGUGAAACAACAAUGACCUUGGGGAUAGUGAUGGGUCGGCUCUUUCUUUCUCCUACGCUAACCACUUUUACACUGAUCUCUUCGGUGUUUGCACUGCUUCUUUCUUUCAUGAUCGUGCCAAUGGAGAGGGAAAAAACUGGCCUUCCCAAUGCUUGCAGCCUUGGUACUGCUCGUCAGAACUCCCGUGAAGUGUAGAAGCCUCGAGUGCACUCCAGAACAGCCAUCUAUACCACACACCAUCUUCUGGCUGCACCCCGUUAUCCGGUGAUUACGACUCAGGCUGGCUGAGGAGCAACGUUCUUCCCUUACCAGGGAAGUUCGCUUCCCUGUGGACAUGCUAAGGAAUGUCCAACACAUCUGAAGAAGGUGAUCUCCGCGGCAUAACGAGUAGCGUUCAUCGUCCGUUUCUCUGGUUGUCUUUAUUCCUGAUGUCACCAGACACCACAAGCUUCUUCCUCGACGAGGAUUGGCAUGAGGAUGAGUCUGCAUAUAUUCAGCUUGGUUCCUCCGGUCCUUGUCCCUUGGGGCCUCCUCCGCCUUGUCGACCAUAUCCACAGUGAAUUCCAACAUCCACUCGAUCCCAGGAGGCUUCCCUUGCUUCCUUUUGUAUUUAUGCACGUUAUUCACAUAGUCGUCACUUAUGGUCCUUCAUCAACGUUAGUGGUUUCGGUGAGCGAGCUUGAUGCUCGGAAGUACUUCCGCGCUCCCCCUGGUGAGAUGUUCCCGGCUCCGUGGUUAAGGUGAGCGUCGGGAGUCCUCUUGAAGUAUAUAGCGUUUCCUUGUCAGUUUCGGUUUUAGGAAGGUCAUGUCUCUGGUAGUGAUAACAUCUUUCCGCGAUCUUCUGUUGUUGUUGAGAUUGUCGGACCGUAGUCCGACACGGGCCUUUUCCUGUAGGCGGCCCGUUUGGUGGU